AUCACUUGUUUGGUGUGUAUAGGGACCAGAUGUCAACUCGCGGACGCGGUCGCGGGCGAGGUAGAGGUAGGACAUGCAUCGUUACUCCUGCCCCCAUAGGGACUGAUCCAGUAGAUUUUAUGGCUGCCCUGGGAAAUAUGGCUGCAGCUAUGCAGGCAACAGCCGAGGCACUGUGUAAUCAGAUAAAUCAGGGUAAUCAUGGAAAUAAUAAUGAUGAGGAUGGUCCUAUGACACUUGCCACAUUUCUGAAAGUUCGCCCUCCGACUUUUAGGGGAACCUCAAAUCCCACUGAUGCAGAUAAUUGGAUUCAGGCUAUGGAAAGGGCAUUACAGGCACAACAGGUUCCUGAAGAGCAAUGGGUUGAAUUUGGAACUUAUCAGUUGCAAGGUGAAGCUCAGUAUUGGUGGCAGGGAACACGACGUAUCCUGCAGCCUGAUGGUGCUGCGAUUCCUUGGGAGGUUUUUCGGACAGAGUUCUAUAAGAAAUAUUUUCCUAAUUCAGCUAGAAAUGCCAAGGAACUUGAAUUAAUGCAGUUAAAACAGGGACAGAUGACUGUUGCUGAGUAUACUAGUAAGUUUGAGGAGUUAUGUCGCUUUUCUCGUAUCUGUCAAGGUGCUCCUGAAGAUUUUGCAGAAUGGAAAUGUAUUAAGUAUGAAGGAGGUCUUCGGAGUGAUAUUCUGAGCUUUGUUGCCCCGAUGAAGAUCAGGGUGUUUUCUGAAUUGGUGAAUAAGAGUAGGGUGGCUGAGGAUUGUGUGAGGAAGGCGGCAGCAGAGAAAGGGAGUUUGAGGGUGCCUUUUCAGAGGCCUUCAGGGAGGAACUUUACUCCGAGAGGUAGGAAUUUCAAGCGUGGAGGCUUUGUUCCGCAGCAGACUCAGGGUCAAGGUAAUUACAGAAGGCUGAAUACUAAUGCUAGUCAAGGAAAAAGGUUCGGGAAGCAGCCACAGCAAGAUCUGAAUUGUCAGAAGUGCGGAAAGUAUCAUCCUGGAGUUCCGUGCAGACUAGGACUUGGAGUGUGCUAUUCCUGUGGACAGCCCGGGCAUAUAGCCAGUAAUUGCCCUGAGAAGAAGAAGUAUGAGACUGGUAGGGUGCAGCAGCCGGGGAGAGUAUACACCACUUCUACAGAAGGUGCUGAGGGAUCUGAGGCACAUCAGGGUAUUAUGUUAUUAACUGCGGGAGUAUCAGGUGAUGAUCAGAGUUUAGAGCAGAUUCCCGUUGUAUGUGAAUUUUCAGAUGUGUUUCCAGAUGAUAUUAAUGAAUUUCCACCUAAUCGGGAAGUUGAAUUCGAAAUUGAGUUGGUGCCUGGAGCCGGUCCGAUUUUAAUUACUCCUUAUAGGAUGUCACCUUUAGAAAUGGCUGAACUGAAAGCUCAGCUGGAAGAUCUGUUGGGUAAGCAUUUUAUCCGACCAAGUGUUUCUCCGUGGGGAGCGCCGGUGUUACUGGUAAAGAAGAAGGACGGAAGUAUGCGGUUGUGUGUCGAUUAUCGGCAAUUGAAUAAGAUCACUGUGAAGAAUAAAUAUCCGUUGCCUAGAAUCGAUGAUCUAAUGGAUCAGUUACAGGGUGCCGGUGUGUUUUCUAAGAUCGACCUGCGAUCCGGGUAUCAUCAGAUAAGGGUUAGAGACGAGGAUAUUCCGAAAACUGCUUUCAGGACACGUUAUGGUCAUUAUGAGUAUAGAGUGAUGUCUUUUGGGUUAACUAAUGCCCCGGCAGUAUUUAUGGAUUAUAUGAACAGGAUUUUCCGACCAUAUCUGGACAAGUUUGUUAUUGUCUUCAUUGAUGACAUUCUUGUUUAUUCUAAAUCUGAAGAGGAACAUGCUGAUCAUUUGCGAACUGUGCUGCAAAUUCUGAGAGAUAGGAAGUUAUAUGCUAAGCUAUCUAAAUGUGAGUUCUGGAAGAGUGAAGUGAAGUUUCUCGGCCACGUGGUGAGUAAGCAGGGGAUAGCUGUGGAUCCUGCUAAGGUGGAAGCACAUACGCCUCACGGCAGUUAA